CUGUGUUCAGUAACAUCGAUGUGAUUUUUAAAAAAGCUUUAAAUUACUUCCUGUUAACUUCCCUUCUGUUGUGUUGGUCCCACAGAUGUGUACUCCCAGAAACACUCCCGCCACACCGCCCAACUUCCCCGACGCCAUCACCAUGUUCUCCAAGCUGCGGGCGUCCGAGUGCGGUUCCAGCGCCGGCAGCGGCCCCUCACAGGCAUCCAUGGCCUGCUCCCCCCCUGCCCCCUCCUCCACGUCGGGUUUCGGCUCCUUCUGGGCCUCCUCGCCGCCCAGCCACCAGCCGGCCUGGCUUCCCCCGUCGUCGCCCACCGGCCACCACAUGCACCACCACUACCACCACCACAUGCAACAGACUCCCAUGUGGCCCCCAGUCUCUCAGCAGAGCGGCUCCCAGCAGCCCCCCGUUGUAUCGGCGCUCCACGGCCAGAGAUGAGAUGAGGCGGCGAGGGAGGCCGGUUCGAGUGUAGCCAAAUG